CGCAGCCCGGCGGCCCUGGAACCUCCCAGAGCUAACUGACCAUCCAGACCUGCUCACCUGUGCAGCAGAACGAAGUGGCCUAGAAGAAGAGAGGAGACAGGAGCUAAGGAUCCAGGGAAGCAACCAACCAUCUAUUCAUUGUUCCUGAAAGAGAAACUCUAAGAAGAGAAACAGUAGGAAAUGGCUGAUUCUCCAGUAAACAUGUCGCAGGGUCUGUUGACAUUCAGAGAUGUGACUGUGAACUUCUUGAAAGAGGAGUGGGAUUGCCUGGACUCUGCUCAGAGAUCUUUGUACAUUGAUGUGAUGUUGGAGAAUUACAACAACCUGGUCUUUGUGGAGAACUAUUGCAAAUUUGAUCCUGUUUAUCAAUAUGUGAAGACUGGAAAGGAGUCUUGUCAGUGUACUGAGCUUGGCAAAGUGCUUCAUGACCCCUCCACAUGUGCUCAUUUUAGAACAAGAGAAACUACAGAAAACUCUAAUAACUACACAUGCAGUAACCACAGCGAUGCCUCUACUGAUUCAUCAAACCCAGACAGACAUGAAAGCAUGCACACUGCAGAAGAACCUUGCAAAUCUAAAGACUGUGAGAAAUCUUUAAAUUUGAGUUCCAACAUUUCUCAAGAUCAGAGACUCUACACUUCAAAGAAAGAGCACAGGCAGCGAGAAUAUGAUGACUGUUUUAACUCUGAAAACAGUCUUAUGCAACAAUCAAGCUACAUUGGAGAGAAACCAUACCAGUGUGGGAAAUGUGGGAAAUGCUUUAGGAUUGCCUCAUACCUCACUGAACAUAAGAGAAUUCAUACUGGAAUUAAACCCUACAAGUGCAAAGUUUGUGAAAAAUCCUUUUCCCAGCGUUCAAGUCUUAAAAUUCAUCUAAGACUUCAUACUGGGGAGAAACCUUACAAAUGCAAAGAAUGUGGAAAGUCAUUUCGUCAGUUGUCAGGAAUUAAUAGCCAUCAGAAAAAGCAUACAGGAGAGAAACCUUACAAGUGUAAGGACUGUGACAAAUCCUUUGCUCACUCUUCCACUUUCAAGAAACACCAGAAAAUGCAUACUGCUGGGAGAUAUUAUAGUUGUGAAGAAUGUGGCAAGGUCUUUUAUCAGCUUUCACGCUUUCAAAGCCAUUGCAGACUCCAUACUGGAGAGAAGCCUUACAAAUGCAGUGAGUGUGACAGAUCCUUUCCCCAGUAUUCAUUAUUGAGUAGGCAUCAGAAAACUCAUUCUCUAGAGAAGUCUCACAAAUGCAAAGACUGUGAUAAAUCCUUCCUUAAAUUAUCACACCUUAACAGGCAUUACAGAAUCCAUACUGGUGAAAAGCCUUACAAAUGUGAGGUAUGUGACAAAUAUUUUACCUGGGAUUCAACCCUUAGAAGACAUCAGAAAAUUCAUACUGGGGAGAAACCUUACAAAUGUAAGGAAUGUGGCAAAUCCUUUAUCGAACAAUCAUAUCUUAAACGACAUCAGAGUGUUCACACUGGAGAGAAACUUUACAGAUGUAAGGGAUGUGAUAAGUCUUUCACUAGCUCCACAUAUCUUAGAGCACAUCAGAGAAUUCAUACUGGAGAGAAACUUCCAAAAUGCAAGGACUGUGGCAUGUCCUUUUUCCAUAUUGCAACUCUUAAAUCACAUCAGCGAGUUCACACUGGAGAGAGACCUUACAGUUGUAAGGAAUGUGACAAAUCCUUUACCAAUCGUGCAAAUCUUAGAAGACAUCAGAGUAUUCACACUAGGGAGAAACCUUACAAAUGUAUGGAAUGUGACAAGUCCUUUGCCUGUGACUCACAUCUUAGAAAACAUCAGAGAGUUCAUACUGGAGAAUAACUGUAUAGUUGACAGGAAUGUGACAAAUCUUUUGCCCAAUCUGUGGUUUAAAGAAACAUCAAAAUUUUCAUACUGGAGAGAAACUUCACAAAUGUGACACAUCCUAAUCUGCUAUUCGGAUCUUAUAAGACUUCAGAGGGUUCAUACUGGACAGAGACAUUACAGUUGC